UCUCCGUCUGUUUGCCGUGUAGGUUUGUGGACAUGACGGAAGCGAAAGCUCCAGAGCCUCUGGAAAUCGAGAACCGGAUCAUUGACCUAUGCCAUCAGUUUCCCCAUGGCAUUACAGACCAGGUGAUUCAGAAUGACAUGCCCCACAUGGAACCUCACCAACGGGCUGUGGCCAUUAAUAGGCUGCUCUCUAUGGGACAACUGGAUCUUCUGAGGAGCAGCACUGGCCUCCUCUAUAGAAUCAAGGAAUCUCAGAAUGUUGGUAAAAUGAAAGGAUCUGACAAUCAAGAGAAACUGGUAUAUCAGAUUAUCGAGGAUGCAGGAAACAAAGGCAUUUGGAGUAGAGAUAUUAGGUAUAAAAGCAAUCUUCCCUUAACGGAGAUCAACAAGAUCCUGAAGAACUUGGAAAGCAAGAAACUCAUUAAAGCUGUGAAGUCUGUAGCAGCUUCCAAGAAGAAAGUGUAUAUGUUAUACAACCUCCAGCCCGAUCGUUCUGUGACAGGAGGAGCUUGGUAUAGUGACCAAGACUUCGAAUCUGAAUUUGUAGAGGUGCUAAACCAACAAUGUUUUAAGUUCCUACAGACUAAGGCUGAAGCAGCUCGAGAAAGCAAACAGAACCCCAUGAUACAGAGAAACAGCUCAUUUGCAUCAUCUCAUGAGGUGUGGAAAUACAUCAGUGAGUUAGGCAUCAGUAAGGUGGAAUUGUCAAUGGAGGAUAUUGAAACCAUUCUAAAUACAUUGAUAUAUGAUGGAAAGGUGGAAAUGACUGUCAUCGUUGCAAAAGAAGCAACAGCCGGCAGUGUGGAUGGACAUAUGAAACUAUACAGGGCCAUCAGUCCAAUAAUACAGCCUACUGGUUUAGUUCGGUCACCUUGUGGGCUCUGUCCAGUGUUUGAUGACUGCCAUGACGGUGGCGAAAUAUCUCCAUCGAACUGUAUUUAUAUGAUGGAAUGGCUAGAAUAUUAGCAGUCAAAUGAAAGGCAUCUGCUGUGAGAACUCCUUGCAACCAAGUUGAUGAACCAACUGAAUUUCUAUUUAUGGAGCCUCUUUUCUUUGGAAGGAUUGCCAAGGCAUGGAGUUGAAUAUUUUUUUUAAAAAAUGCUGAAUAUCUUUCCAAGGAGCACCCAAGGGACCAAGCUACAGAAUUAAGGUUGUAAAAGUAUUUCCUGUAUAAGACAAGUACAGGUACAGUCUAGCAGGGCCCUGUAUAGCUUUUAAUGUUAGGUUUUAACCAUUUGACAGAAUACAUUUGCUGUGCUAAAAAAAAUAAAACUAUUGCUAUUGA